AUGAAGCUUUUGGUUGUCUUUUUUGGAACAGUUCUCGUUGCUCAGCUAGGUGCUGUCAACUCUUUCCCUAAUGACGUCAUAGAAGAGUAUCAGGACUUUCAAUAUAUGGAAAACAACAAUAUGCUAACUGAAGAUGUUCGAAUAUCUGUGAGAGCUUGCUACUUCUGGACGUGCAAUAACUUCUGCAGAAGUAGGGGCUUCUUAGUUGGUAGAUGCAUUUCUGCUAAUAUUUGUCACUGUUCAUAG